AUGCUUGGGAAGCUGUGCUUUCUCGGCCUUUUAUGGCUCGGGUCUGUAUCAUCAGAUUGUGUAAGCUGUACCACAGGUGGAUCUAGGUGGUGCGUAAGUCAAGGGGUAUGCAGUGCAGUAAUCGAUAAAUCAUGCGAUACAAUAAUAACAGAUUCUUUGAACUGCCCAAUGCAAAUGGUUCCAGGUUAUGAAUACAAUGACACUUAUACCAGAACAGUUGUGUUACCUCUGCUCGCUGGUGCUUAUGCCAGACCCAAUCCCAAGAAAUGCUUGCAAAACGCGUUACCUACAACCACCUUUUAUGAGAACAUUGUUGUGGAAUGUUAUGCUACAGGUCCAAACUCCACUUGCCAUGCCUACACAGCUUAUGACUUGAGCCGUAAAUUGAUUAUUGUUGCCUUCGAAGGUACUGAGGGAAACCUUCAGCUUUCAGAGGAAGUUUUGGCCUUCUUCCAUACUAAGAAGAACUUCUUUGGUCAUGGAAAUGUGUUCGAGUACUUCUAUAACGCAUUUUACUAUCUGUGGAAUGGUGGUCUUCAAGUUUCCCUACGCAAGUUGCUCUACCUUUACCCAAAUUUCAAACUUCUGGCUGUUGGGCACUCUAUGGGUGCUUCGAUCUCUUCCGUUUUCGCAUCUCAUGUGAUCGCUACAAAUCUUUUAACUCCAGACAGAGUUCAGUUGAUAACUUUCGGACAACCUAGAACUGGAGAUCGUAACUUCUCAGUUUGGCAUGAUAACACAUUCUUGUACUCGUACAGAGUUAAUCAUCAUCGUGAUCCUGCUCCUCAUAUUCCACCCAAAGGCGGGCCUGAUGAGGUUUUCCACCACAGAUUCGAAGUUUGGUACAACAAUGAUAUGACUGUCGGAAGACCAUAUACAGUUUGCUUAGAGGCUGAUGGACCAUAUUGCAGUAACAAACAGAUUGACGUAGAAGGUCUAGACCAUAUUGUCUAUUUCAAUGUUAAUAUGGGCAAUUGGGCUGACAAAGAUUGCGUUCCAUUCAAUUGA